CUCAUGAAAACCAUUGGCUCAGAUUCUCUCGAUUACAUUUUCCAUCUCGCUGCCUCUCUCUAUCUCCGGAAGGGAGGGAAUAUUGUUUUCGACCACGCCAUUUCCAGUUAGGUUUUCUGUGGUUUUACCGGAGCCAGAUCCAAAGCUUAACGACCAUGUCUGGAAACACUAGUUCAACUGUUUACAUAGGUAAUCUGGACGAGAAGGUGAGCGAUAGGGUUUUGUAUGAUAUUCUAAUUCAAGCUGGGCGGGUGGUGGAUUUGUACAUUCCUCGAGACAAGGAAACUGAUAGACCCAAAGGUUACGCUUUUGCUGAAUAUGAAACUGAGGAGAUCGCAGAAUAUGCCGUCAAGCUUUUCUCUGGCCUUGUGAUUCUCUGCAAUCGGACUUUAAAAUUUGCGAUUUCUGGGCAGGACAAACUCUCGCAAAAUCCUCCAAAUGGACACAUGUCUACCACAAAUUCUUCUAACAAGCCACGGCCUUACCCUGCUCUAAUGAAUAAUAUAGACAUCUCUCAUCAAUCUGUGAGGUUGUCUGCUACAUGCAGGACUUCAGCUUAUCCUUCCAAUUAUAACCAAGUGCCAGUUCCCCCUGGUGUAACACACCAUCAUAAUGGAUAUGGGUCACAAUUCAAUGGCAUCAAUUAUGAUAGUGGUCGAAGAAUUUUUGGGUCCGCUAUUGAUAACAUUAGCCGUUCUAGGACCCGUCGCUAUGAUUUGAAUAAAUAUACAUCAUACCCAUCUUUCUGAUAGUAUAAGUAAUAAGUUAUUUUAGAUUGAACUCACCUGUGGUUCUGGAAAUCUUGCUUCGUGUUGUAAUCAGUCAAUCGGGAAACUUAACUAGUGCAGCUGUGAAUAUGUGCAAUAUUGUUGAAGACGCUCAUGCUAUAUUGUUACUGUCUAGGGCAUAUCAGGUAACUUAACUAGUGCAGCUGUGAAUAUAUGCAAUACUGUUGAAGACACUCAUGCUAUAUUGUAUACUAUCUAGUGCAUCCACUAGUUAGACAGUAAAGUUUCUUUGUUCUCCUUGUGGUCA